UUCUAGGGUUUAGGGGUUUGCGAGAGGGCGAGAAUGAGGAAGAAAGUGGACAGCCGGAUCAGGACGCUGAUCGAGAAUGGCGUCAAGUCGCGGCAUCGAUCGCUGUUUGUCGUCGUUGGGGACAAGAACAGGGAUCAGGUUGUGAACUUACACUACAUGCUCUCCAAGGCUGUUGUCAAAUCUCGGCCGUCGGUGCUGUGGUGUUACAAGAAGGAUUUGUUCCUCAGCAGCCACAAGAAGAAGCGAAUGAAGCAGAUAAAAAAGAUGAUGAAGAGGGGUUUGCUGGACGCGGAGAAAGACGAUCCUUUCUCGCUCUUUGUGGCAAGCACCAGCAUUCGGUACUGCUACUACGCCGAAACUGAGAAGAUCUUGGGAAACACGUUUGGGAUGUGUGUCCUUCAGGACUUUGAAGCAUUGACUCCCAACUUACUCGCACGAACUAUAGAGACUGUGGAGGGUGGGGGAAUUAUACUGCUGCUGCUAAGCUCUUUGUCAUCUUUGACUAGCCUGUACACUAUGAUGAUGGACGUUCAUUCUCGUUUUCGGACCGAGUCGCAUGAAGAUGUGGUCGCCCGCUUCAAUGAGCGCUUUAUUUUGUCCCUUGCGUCUUGCAAAGCUUGCAUUUUUAUGGAUGACGAGCUUAACAUCUUACAAGUAUCUUCCCAUGUCCGCUCAAUAAGUUCUCUGCCUGUUUUGGAGGGCGAAGAAGGUCUUACCGAGUCAGAAAAGGAUUUGAAGGAGCUCAAAGACUCGCUGGUCGACACACAACCUGCAGGGCCGUUAGUGAGCAAAUGCAAAACGUUAGACCAGGGAAAAGCCGUCGUAACUUUCCUAGAUGCUAUUUCUGAGAAAACUCUCAGAAGUACCGUAGCCUUAACCGCUUCUCGUGGAAGAGGAAAAUCUGCAGCUCUUGGUUUAGCUAUUGCUGGUGCAGUAGCUUUUGGGUAUUCAAACAUUUUUGUCACAGCUCCAAGCCCAGAGAACUUGAAGACCUUGUUUGAGUUUGUAUGCAAAGGCUUUGAUGCACUUGAGUACAAGGAACACAUAGAUUAUGAUCUCGUGCAAAGUACCAAUCCAGCAUUCAACAAAGCUGUGGUCCGUGUCAACAUCUUUCGUCAACAUCGACAAACUAUACAAUACAUCCAACCUCAAGAUCAUGCAAAGCUUGCGCAGGCUGAGUUACUUAUUAUCGACGAGGCCGCAGCGAUACCGCUUCCUAUGGUAAAAGCAUUGCUAGGGCCAUACUUGGUGUUCAUGUGCUCUACAGUUAACGGAUAUGAAGGGACUGGCCGUUCCUUGUCACUAAAAUUAAUCCAACAGCUCCGUAGUCAAGGAAAGAGUGAAUCUGCUCCUUCAGGUAGAGUUUUCCGCGAGGUUGAGCUGGCCGAGCCCAUCAGGUAUGGAGCUGGCGAUCCUAUUGAAGGGUGGCUGCACGAGCUUCUUUGUCUGAAUGCUGCCGAUCAUAUUCCAAGUAUCGAAGGAAGGUUGCCGCCUCCUAGUGAAUGCCGGCUUUUCUAUGUCAACCGGGAUACUUUGUUUUCCUAUCAUAAAGCGAGCGAGCUCUUUUUGCAAAGAAUGAUGGCCCUAUACGUGGCUUCGCACUACAAAAACACACCAAAUGACUUGCAGCUCUUGUCUGAUGCGCCUGCACAUCAUCUGUUCGUUCUUCUUGGGCCUGUUGAUGAGACACAAAACACAUUUCCUGAUAUUUUGUGCGUUAUUCAGGUUUGCUUAGAAGGAAAAAUAUCGAGAAAAUCCGCCUUGAAAAGCCUAAGCGAUGGCUCGUCUCCUUCGGGAGAUCAAAUACCCUGGAAAGUUUCUCAACAGUUUCAAGACUCGGAGUUCCCGAGCCUGUCUGGUGCUAGGAUUGUGCGAAUUGCAGUCCAUCCAAACUUGAUAAAGGCCGGCUAUGGUUCUGCGGCUGUCAACCUUCUAGUCCGGUAUUACGAGGGCCAGUUUACCGAUUUGGAAGAAGAGGACGAUGAAGAUGAUGUGGUUCACAAACACCCUGUGAAAGUUGCUGAAGCUGCUGCUGAGAUCUCACUUUUGGAGGAACAAAUCAAACCAAGAGCAAAUCUUCCGCCGUUGCUAGUUGGUCUACAUGAAAGAAACGCGGAAAAAGUCCAUUAUGUGGGUGUAUCAUAUGGCCUCACACAACAACUGCACAAUUUCUGGAAAAAGCUCAAAUUUGUGCCUGUUUAUGUCUCACAAAUUCCGAGUGCCAUAACCGGAGAACAUAGCUGUGUGGUCUUAAGGCCAACAGAAAUUGGCGAAGUGGAUACCGCAACGGCAGAGCAAGGAAGCUGGGUUAGACCUUUCAAUGAAGAUUUCUCCCGGAGGUUUAUAUCGCUGUUGGGCUCAUCCUUUCGAUCGUUCAGUCCUGGACUCGCUCUAAGCGUCUUGAAACCUCAAAUUGAUUUCGAUGAAGAAUCUCAGGAGACAAUAUCGACCGAAGGCAUCUUGGGAGGCAAAAAUGCACUCCUAACACCCUAUGACAUGAAACGAUUAGAGUCAUAUGCAAAUAACCUCGCUGACUACCAUCUGAUAAUCGAUUUAGUUCCAACGAUUUCUCGACUGUAUUUUAUGAGAACCAUACCCGUAACUUUAUCUGCUUGUCAAGCUGCCAUAUUGCUAUGCAUGGGUCUCCAGCAACACGAUAUAAGUUUUGUGGAGAGCGCAUUGGAUCUUCCUCGCAAUCAAGUCUUGGCUUUGUUUAAUAAGAGUGUGCGAAAGUUGCACGGCCAGCUACACAAAGCCGCUGCAAAAGAGAUCGAGGAGACACUACCUCGGUUAAGAGAGGUGGUGAUGAAUCCCCACGCAGUCUCGGUGGACGAAGAUCUAGAGGAAGCAGCAGCCAAAGUCAAGGCUGACCAAAAGGAGAAAGUGAGCUCGAUGCUGAGUCCUGAAUCUCUCCAACACUUUGCAAUCGGUGGGAACGAUGUUGAUUUCGAGGCAGCGCUGGGUGGAAAAGUUCCAAAGAGUGGCCUUGUGAGCGUCAAGAGCAGCGAGAACAAGGGCGACGCGAAGAAAAGGCCGCCUCAAAACAAGCAGCUAAAGAACAAGUCGUCCAAGAAGUCGAGGCAGUGAUUGCAAGUUGAACACAAAUCAAGGGAAAGUUCAUGACGGAAAUCCUGUUGGGAGCAAAAGUUUGCAGCACGAGGAUAGACAAAGAAGAAUACGGGCUAACAGUACCGCUGCCUAGACACACGACGACUUCAGAUAGACAUCUGAAAGCUAAGCGUAUAUUUGGUACUUCGCUUGUGACUUUCCCAGGUUUCCAGUACCCGUGUCGCCAGCCAGAUUGACUGUGAGCAGGCAUUAUUAGCGCAAGCCGUCAUGCAACCGAUACGUUCCCUGAGAAGAGACUCCAGCAAAUUCUCAUAUCUCUUUCACUCCAUAGAACUUUUUGAAGGCGUUGCGAGAGGUGCUCUUCAAAUACGGAUAUGCCAGUCAAGUUUGAGGACAGAAGGAGCUAUCCUUGGAAUGUGCAGAUAGUAAUAUGCUGAUCUUCUUGCAACCUGUCAGAUCAAGCCUCCUUAGCAAAGGAAGCUUUGCAACACCAUCGUAUCACAUCCAAAUUAUAAUUUCAGAUCUCUCAA